CGCGCAUCCUCUGGAGUUUUAUUUUGAAAGUCUGACCAGAAACGUAGCUGCUCUCGCGCUCUAACCGUCCCGUACUCCGCCGCCCGACUGCCAGCCACACCGACCUACCGUACCUUCAUUCAAAAGCUGAACCAUGGCGCCGACAGGUGAGGCAGUGUUUGGCAGCCCGGUGCCGGUCUGCGCGGAGAACCGGCUGCGCUGGGACCUGAACCCCGAGCAGAUCCGCCAGCUGUCGGACGAGCUCAUCGCCAGCACCAAGCAGGUGUACGACGGCGUGGGGGCGCUGGACCUGGACGCCGUCACCUUCCAGAACACGCUGAAGGCCCUCGCCGACGUGGAGGUCCAGUACACCGUCCAGAGGAACAUGCUGGACUUCCCGCAGCACGUCUCGUCCUGUAAGGACGUGAGGACGGCGAGCACCGAGGCCGACAAGCGCCUGUCGGAGUUUGACGUGGAAAUGAGCAUGAGGGAGGACGUCUACCGGAGGAUCGUCGCCCUGGAGAAGAAGAUGGACGCCAGCAGCCUGUCUGCCGAGGCGCAGCGCUACAUGGAGCGUCUGCUGAGACUGGGGAAGAGGAACGGCCUCCACCUGCCCUCGGACACCCAACAGGAGAUCAUGAGGAUCAAGAAGAAGUUGAGCAACAUGUGCAUCGAUUUCAACAAGAACCUGAACGAGGACACCACCAGUCUGUCCUUCACUAGAGACGAGCUGGGCGGCCUCCCCGAGGACUUCCUGAGCUCUCUGGAGAAGGACGGAGACAAGCUGAAGGUCACGCUCAAGUACCCGCACUACUUCCCCACCAUGAAGAAAUGCUUCGUCCCAGAAACCCGCCGCAAGCUGGAGGAGGCCUUCAACUCCCGCUGCAAGCAGGACAACGCGGCCAUCCUGAAGGAGCUGGUGGAGCUCCGGGCCCAGAAGAGCUCCGUGCUCGGCUUCAGCACGCACGCAGACUUCGUCCUGGAGAUGAACAUGGCCAAAUCAGGGAAGAAGGUGGCCGGCUUCCUGGGUGAGCGUCUCCCUGUCCUCACCCGCUGGGUUGUCUUAUGUCAGGGUCUCACUCUGUGA